GGGGGCUGCCCAGGUCCUUCUGAAGCUGAUGGAGUCCUCCACUGAUGAUAAAACCUCCUGCAGUUUCGUCCAGACAACGCCUCUGCCCCCUAGUGGAAGAAAAGCAAAGGUGCAGCGGUAGCACAGAGUGCUUCCCCCUUGAUCAAUGGACACGCCAGAGCCUGGCCCAGCAGAUGGAGAGGAGCGUCUUGUAGAGCUCAGACCUCGGACACGCUCCAAUCCCGAAGGUGCCGAGGACCGACGCAGCAGCACUGGCAGCCUCGGAGGCAACGGGAACCCCAGCAUAUCUCAGCCUGCUGUGGGAAGUCGUGUGGAGGGAGAAGGGGAAGCCUCGACCAGCGACAGCCCUCUAAGUUCCACCACCACCACUAUCUCAGCGGCUGCAGCUCAGGCUGUAGCUCCCGCUGCGGCUGCAGGUGGGGUGGCUGCAGCGGGAGCUACUGUACCGCUGUCCACUACAACUGUGUCAGCCAAAGACAGACCAAAAUCCAUACAGCAACAGCCCACUCUUACAACCUCCGUCCCUUCACCGGCAGAGUAUCAGCUCAGAGUGCCCCGCGUAAACUGCCCAGAGAAAGUGAUUAUCUGCUUAGAUCUUUCUGAAGAGAUGUCUUUGCCGAAGUUGGAGUCAUUUAACGGGUCUAAAACAAAUGCUCUGAACAUAUCCCAGAAGAUGAUUGAGAUGUUUGUCAGAACAAAACACAAGAUUGACAAACGGCAUGAGUUUGCUCUUGUGGUUGUCAACGAUGACGCCCUGUGGCUGUCAGGCUUCACUUCUGAUCCCAGGGAGCUGUGCAGCUGUUUGUAUGACCUGGAGACCAAUGUGUGCGAGUCCUUCAACCUAGAAGAUCUUCUUAAUGUCAUUCGUCAGAAAAUUGAGCUGCCGUCGAUGGAGAAUGUUCAAACUAUCCCACCUCCAUAUGUGGUGCGGACUGUGCUUAUCUACAGCCGUCAUGCGGGGCAGCUACAAUUCAGCCCUUCUGAAGCUGUUAGUAAAAUGCUGCAGUCGCCAUAUUUUUUCUUCGAUGUGGUCUAUUUACACAACGGGGUAGAAGAGCAGUCAGAUGAGACUAGCUGGAGGGACAAUUACACGUCUUUCAGUAACCUGGACUCAAAGGGAAUGUGUUAUCGCUUCGAGGUUUCCCUAAGUGGACCUGCCAUUGAGCUACACAACUGCAUGGCCAAACUUCUGGCUCACCCUUUACAAAGGCCUUUCCAGAGUCAUGCGUCUUACAGCCUGCUGGAGGGGGAAGACCCCCAGGACAUUGAGGCAACAGUCUAAAAUGAGACACACUUAAAAAUCCUUGUUUCUCUGAAAUACACACACACACGUCUCGGUUUUUCCUGCACAUUAUGACAGUUUUUUUUUUUCCCCUUAACUGCUGUAACUCAUGUAUUAUUUGGGAUUUAGGUGGAGUUCUAAGGAAAAACUAGGGUUAGUUGGUAAGUUGACAGCUUCAGUCGUGUUUUAGUGUGGAAAUAGAUGAGUCAUAGAUUUUUCUUACUCUGAACUGCAGAAUGAUCCAGUUGUUACUGUAACAUUACCAGAAGUGUCUUCUUGUGGUAGAAGUCUGAGAAUCCAGGAAAAAGGACAAUAGUAGUAAGAACUGUCAAAGAACAACUAAAUAAAGUUAAAUCAUCAAUAUUUGCUAAGCAUCCUCCCCAAUCACGUUUCUUCCCAACAUGCCACCCUGAUGUAUACCCUAAAAUAACAUGUCAUAAAAUCUGUAAUAAUGCCUGUUGUGAAGUAUUUUAUGUCCUGUUUUCUUUCUCAGCUGUCACACUUGGGAUUAUGUCACAAAGGCAAUGAAAUAACAGGAUAUGGUUUGAUUGUAAAAACGGCCCCUUGCCCGUAGAUGCACAUGAAACACAUCAUGUACAUAAUACAUUUAUAAAACUGUUCCUGGUGAUUAAAAUAAUGCUUGUUUUAUGACAUUUGUCAUAUUCGUAUGUGGAAUUUUUUUUCUUUUUUAUGUCAAGUUUUUGUCAGGAGAUGGCAGCAAAUCCCUGAGCUGAAGUAGUUCUGUGGGAGCAGGUUCAUAUUCAUAAGCACUACACUUAAAAUUCAAAAGUAGCACCUUUUUACUUUUUUUAAAAAAAAAGCUAUAAUUAGUGCUGAUGAUUUGUUAAGCUUUUCUGCCUUAAUGUUCACUGUUGUUUAUUAUUAUUGCUGCUCAAAUUUUUUUAUAUACUUAUACAGCAGAGUGAUUCUUAUUCAGUGCAGAGGCUGUGUCUUUUUCUGAGACUUCACUUACCAUUUGAAAGCAGCUGAAUUUUAGUGAAAUAAUGGUCAUCGUGAUAGCAUCAGCACUUUUUUUUUUCUCUUGCAAAUAUAUUUG